AUGCCUCGCAAAACGAUCGCGAUGGUUCGUCGCUCGACGAACCGAGGUGAGAAGCCGCAGCAACUCGACGGGACUCCCUCGAUACGACAGCCCGACAAAACGACACAGUCAGUUCUCAUCUUCAGUUUUUCAUUGACAAAUGAAGAAACUGUUUCUUUCUUUCCAGACAAGAGUUGGAACGAAGGAGAUCAGAUCGGAAGAACGCUCUGAAACUUUAUUCAACCGCAGAGCAGGAUGAAGAUUGGGAGCCCUCAACGAGUUCUAUUGUCAAGGUCUUUUGCCAGUCAAGUAUUAGGAGCAAAGAUAGUUCAAAUGCAGCUUGCAUUAUUUUUUCAAAAAAGUGCAUGCUUAUUUUUUUUUCUUCUUGAAGAUCCUUUUUUCUUUUUUUCAACAAACAUAAGUUUUCAAAAAUUAUCAAAAAGUCACGGUUUUUUCAGCUGCUGAUUUCACUACGUGUUUCUUCGGCUCUUUGGAACAUCAUCGGGGACUGCGACGAAGUCUAUAACUACUGGGAACCUCUUCACAUGUUCUUGUACGGUCACGGAUUCCAAACGUGGGAGUAUUCUCCGUUGUACGCCAUCAGGUAGUGAAAAAAGAUCUCCAGAUUCAUUUUCCGCCUUUUAGAUCCUACUUUUACGUGUACUUGCACUAUAUACCUGCCUCAGUCUUCGCUUUCCUGCUUGCUCAAUCCAAAAUCGCCGUUUUCGUCUGCACCCGCUGUAUCAUCGGAUCCUUCACCUUGUUCGGUGAAUACCAACUCUAUCGCGCCGUUUCCCGGAAGCUCAACAUCAACACGGGACGCGUUUUUCUACUCUUUUCCCUUCUUUCGACUGGUAUGUUCAUAUCCAGGUAUCCGUUUUCUCUUGAAUACCCGUUUUACAUUUUGGCGGUUCAGCACGGCCUUUCUUCCUUCUUCGUUUGCAAUGUCUCUGAAUCUUUACAUCAUUGCGGCUUACCUUACCGAGAAAUGGUUGGUUUGCAGAAUGAUAUACUCCAUUUUUCGGCUUGAAAGGGCGGAGCACGACAUUUGUAUGACGUGUUUUGGCUAAUUUCAGAACUUCGCAUUAGUGGUGUUUUUUCGUGAACAUUUUCUUUUUUUUUCUUUCCUUAUCUUUUCAAUGAAAAAUUAGAAGUCAUUAUAUUAAGAACGUUUUUGAAAAAUACGACCUGUGCGACCGCUUAUAAAACAACAACCUUUUUCGUGCUCCUUCGCCAGUUAGUGAAAAAAGAGUAGUCGCGUUUGUUGAACCUUCGUAUUUGAUAGCAAUUGUGCACAGAUCUUCGAACUCGCACCAGAAAACUCAACGCGAUCGCUUCGCACUCCGCUCUCUCAAGUCCUAAAAGUGGCAUGUAUGUUGCAAAUGAGCGUUCAGGGCUAUCGCCAUCACCUGCACGGCUUUCUCAACUAUGGUCGGCUGGCCGUUUUCCGCGGUUCUGGGUCUGCCUGUGGUGAUUGAAAUGCUCUAUAAUCGCUCCAAGUAAGUAUUCUGGCCGAAAACACUAAGUUAUGGUACACCUAAGCUGAAAAAUUCACUUCAGGGAUCUCCGUGUUUCUUUUUUCAUUUGGUCGAUUUUGUCAGCAAUGACAAUCGGAACUGCACUGGUUUUAUGCGACUCAUACUAUUUCGGUCGCAGAGUUUUUGUGAGUUCCCAACCCUUUUUCCUCUAAAUUCGGGUCAUUCUGCCAGGCUCCCCUGAACAUAGUUGUCUACAACGUGCUGUCCGGGCCGGGACCUGAACUCUACGGGACCGAGCCGCUCUCCUUCUACAUCAAGAAUUUGCUCCUCAACUGGAAUAUCGUCUUUCCUCUGGCCCUUUCCGCGCUGCCUCUCUCUGCCUUCUGCUACUAUGUUCAUUUUCCUCCACGACAAACAACCGCCACUCGUCUUGGCAUUCGUCAGUUUCUUUUUUGUAGUUAUGAGGAUAUAUUGAUCUUCCAGCGUGCGACAUUGCUUACUGGCGUCGGUACACCCCAGUUUUCCUUAUUUGGCUGACGGCAGCCGUUUGGUGCGUGAUUUUCUUCUCGCAGCCACAUAAGGAAGAGCGAUUCUUGUUUCCGAUUUAUCCCAACAUCGCUUUACUCGCAGCGAUCGCUUUCGACGCUCUUGCAAGGUCAGCUACUCCAUUUCAACUAAUUUUUCUUAGUUUAAAUUUUUUUGUCUAAGAGGCUGAUGGUGUAGGAUAGAGGAUUCUAUAAUGAUAAACGCUGAAAAAUGAAGUUCUAUCAAAAAGUUCCAUUUUAUCUCUUUCAGUAGGUUUCUGUUAGAUUGUUGACUAUUGAGCUGAUUCAUUGCGAGGGAAUCGUGUGAGAAAAGGGAGAAUUUAACACUCUUGCAAAUCCGUUAAGCGAGAACGAUCUGGACUUUUUUUCUAUUGCUUCUGAUCAAAGGGAUCUUCUCUUCUUUGCGAACGGAUUUGUUUUCAUGAAAAGAAGAUCUCUUACAAUUUUUGUGUAGGUGUCGAAGUCAGACAUUAAUAUCUAUCUUUCGUUUUUCUUUGUUAUCGCGAUCGUUUCAGGCUCCUUCCACGGUACAUCGGUUCAAUCUCUAAUUACUUUUGGAUGAUUUACUUGACUUUCAUUGUCCUUUCACUUUCGCGGACAUAUUCUCUCAGUAGGAACUUUGGGUCGCAGAUCGAGGUGUUGUUUCUUCGAAGAUUCUCAACUUUUUUUUCCCUUUUUGCAGAUCUAUAAAAGCUUUUCUGAGCAUGUGAUUACGGAAGAUAUUGAUUUCUCUGUGAGAAACGUAAGUUUUUAGUUUAUAAGUUAUAUUUCUGUUUUUGUGCCCAGAAUCCUCUGCGUCUUUGCGUUGGAAAGGAGUGGUAUCGGUUCCCCUCUUCGUUUUUCUUGCCAGAGAAGACUUAUGAUUCGCAUGGCAAUUCUCGAGGUGCGCUUUCUCUCUUCAGUGAGGUGGAAAACAGGCAUAGAGUCUGCUGGGAAGCGUCAAAUUCCCUGAUUCUGAAUUUGAAAAACAAAUGAACUCUGGUCUAAAAAAUUUUCAAGUUCUUUGUUUUAUCUGGCAGACAAAGAGUUCUCAUCAAUUAAUUAUCGAGGUCAUUGUUUUAUUUGCUCAAAGUGUUUCCAGGAAUCGAGUUGAGGUUCCUGGCGAGCGAGUUUCGCGGAUUGUUACCGAAGCCUUUCGCCGCUGGAUCUUUGCCAAAUAUCACCAGAUUGGUCCCUAUAGAGAUGAACGAUUUGAACAAAGAAGAGCCUUCGAGGUUUCUCGAAAUUCCUUAUGAUUCCAAUUUUCUGUUCAAGAUAUGUCUCACUUGAUUCUUGCGAUUUCGUCAUCGACGUGGAUGCGAAGGCGACCGGAAGAGAACCAAACUUCCGAGAAAUGGUCAGUUUUCAUAGUAGAGACUGAUUUUUAUCUACCUUUUUCCAGCGGAAGAUCUUGAGACCAGUGAACUCUCUGCCGUUUUUGGUGGCCGAAGAGUCGCAUCCUCUUCUGCGCGCUUUCUUUGUCCCUUUCCUCAGUCCGUCACACACGAAUUUCACUAACUAUACUCUGUAUAAAAGAAUAGUUCCUACUCUUUCAUAGUUUCGUUCUGAGAGAAACGUGGUUUUUUUAAAUUUUGUGUUUAUGAGUUCUAACUAUAAACUAGUUUUAAUUAUAGAUUUCAGCCGGUUUAAAAGGAUAUUUCGCGCCGGUUUAUAUUCCAACGGGCGAAAAUUUUUGUUUCCGGCUUUCGUUAUAUUUUUAAAUAUUUUUUAAUUUCAUAAAGUCAAUACUUGUAUCAGUUUUCGGUGUGAAAAGUUUAUUGCCAUUACGCAUUGAUAAUCAACUUUUUUUUUCAUAUCACCGAAAAUUCGAACGUUAUGUAUCAAUUUUGCGGAACCUUACACUUCUGUUUCGGAUUUUUUAUGUCGUUUAAUUUCAAUUUUUUCUAUUCAAAUCAUCUUUGGUUGAUUUGACGUUGUUUUUGUUUUUUUUUUUCUUUGUUCAUGUUUAUUGUUGCGAAGCCUAUUCACUAAGCUAACUUUUCGGGUAACACUUAAAAUUUAUCAUUUUUUCGUUGGCCAAAGUCUCAAGUCAUAAAUUCCUUCUUGACGCGUCUCGCUUCGUCGAUAGAACGUUUGAAUCGUUAAUUAUUUGGUUCUAACAAUGAUUUUUUUCAUUUUAUUCGUAUUCUUUGAAAUCACAGAUAUGACAGAUGUAUCAAAUGAGGAGGAACUCUCUUCUUCUGAAAGCAAUUUGCCGAGCGCCGAGCUCAAGCAGAACGUUGCGGUGAGCUGUCGUCUUGCUCCUUUUGUAUAUACCAUUUUCAGGAUAUCUUGAAAUGUGGGGCCAAUUUAGUGAGAACUUCAAAGGCGUUGCCACGGAUGGGCGGCGACUUCGAACUGUACAAUUCUUUUCCAGCAUUCAAUAGUUUGAUGAAAAAACAAGAAGAAAGGAUUUUAUUAUUGUUAGAAUCUAAUAAAAAAUGGAUAGAAGUCAUCAUUUUCCUAGAGAGAAACGUUUGGCGAGAGCUUUGGGAUGUCCAUUACGUUUUCCGGCUCCUGAUGCUCCAACAAAGGAUUUCACAGAGUGUUUCAUAGAGGGUCAAGACAACAUUGCUGAACGAGCGGUGCCUUUUUCUUUUUGGGCAUUUUCUAAAAGGACAGUUAGUUCCGAACUCAUCGCUAGGUAUUUCGCAGGAGAAAAAUCCUGCAUCCUUCAAAACGCUGAAAACUUCGCGUCUUCCACUUCUUUUUGAAAUAAAUCUGGGCGCUUUCAAAAACUCUGGCAACACUGUUUUUCAACAAAUUAUUUGACUGUUAUCGUGAAAUUUUAUGAAUCAACAGGUGUUCAGGAUAACUAUUUUCUAUCUUCGGAUGAUUUAAAUUUCCCAUCAUUUCGUAGGCUACUCUGUUGGAUGCUCUGAAGAAGGCUGGCCGAGAUGAGGUGGUAAAAGUUCCAGCCGUUAUUCUCCGCGCUGGUCCAACUCAUCAGAGAACUAAAGGUUCUUAGAGAUUUAGCUCGAUUCUAAUUCUCUAAACUGUUCAAGCUGAAAUAGCGGCAGCCAUGAAGACUUUCUCGGCAAACAUCGGCUCGGCACUCGCCCAGAAGUUCAGAGAACAUCGCGAAGCCGCCGUAAAACAGGUUCAUCGAUCUUUCCAAGGAAUCGAAGAGAAUGGUUUUGCAGUCGGUGAGAGAGAAGCCGCAGAAGACGUUCUCGCUCCCGGUGGACAACUCCAACGCGCCUUUCGUGUCCAAACUCAAAGUCAAGCACCACGCUACGUCCAGAAGAAAUAAUCUUGUCGUCGUAGACGAUGACUCGUCGGGCAGAAGGUUAAAAAGUUGAAAUGAGAAGCGUGCAAAUACAUUCUUUUACUUUGGGACUAGGUUUUUUUUUUGAAAGAUUAUUAUAUGUUUUCAUUCUCAUAUUUUGUGAAAGAUGGACGUUUUUUUCCUUACUGAAUCAAAGCCUGUUUUACCUAAUAGAAGACUAUUUACAGUCUUUCUUUUCUGAAACCACAUUUAAGCGGGUCUUUUUUUUUCUUUUCAUAGUUAUUCAUGGAAGCGGAAAAAACCUUCAUUUUCUUAAGAGAAUGGCAAACUGCUGUGGACGAGACGGAAGAAGAACACCCUUAUAUGGUCGAACUUUUGAACUUCAACGUGCCGUCUCCUCAACUGCAACAUGCAGAUCCAAUUGUACGAAAAUCUCUUCUUAAUCCUGUUGAAAAAUGUCUUAUCGCAGUUGUUCGAUGUUUUGGAAAACACUCCUGUGACGAUUGUUGCGACGAAAGAACAACUGGAGUGUCUUCUGAACAAGUUGAAGAAUGUCAAAGAGUUUGCUGUCGACGUUGAAGUAAACUUUAUUCAAAACUUUUCUUGAGUUGGUCUUUAUUUUUUAGGCGAAUGACAUGAGAUCUUACAUGGGCCUAACGUGUUUGGUUCAAAUUUCGACUAGGACAGAAGAUUUCAUUAUCGAUCCGUUUCCAGUGUGGGAAAGCAUGGGGAUUCUGAACGAAGUUUUCGCGGAUCCCUCGAUUUUGAAGGUUUCAUCCGAUACUUUGUAUUCAUCCAUCAUUCUUACCUUCCCAGGUGUUCCACGGUGCCGGCAACGACGUUUUAUGGUUGCAGCGGGAUUUCGGAAUCCACAUUGUCAACAUGUUCGACACAUAUUUCGCCAUGAAAAAACUCAAGUAUUCCAAAUUCAGGUGACUUUUGCCUCUCCAUUCAGCUAAUUUGAUUCACUUCUUCAAAAAAAAAAUUGUUUUCAAUUCGAAAAUUUAACAAACCAAAUGCGUAUUUCUCUGUCGCUGUGUAUUUUUUAUAGAGUACGGAAUAACGUGAAAGUAAGAUUUUUGGAAGUCCAACCACAAACAUUUUUCGAAGAAUGUGGAAAAAUAUACUUUUACUUUUCCAGCCUUGCUCAUUUGGUGGCGAAGCACGCGUCUGUAGCUCUGGACAAGCAAUACCAACUAGCCGAUUGGCGUUUGAGGUCUUUCCCCUCACUCUUCCUACUGUGAACUUUCUCCUAGGCCUUUGCAAGACGCGAUGUUGAACUACGCGCGCGAGGACACGCACUACCUUCUGUACUGCUUUGACAAGUUGCGGGAAGAGCUGCUCAAUUCCCCCGAAGGAUCCCCGCAGCUUUUGCGUGAAGUCUACCAGGACGCCGUCGAAAUUUGUCUCAAAGUUCGCCUUCUUCUGGGUUUUUCCUCUAAUGUUGAGAUUAAGGUUUUCAAAAAGCCGGUUUUCAAUCAGAACGGCUAUCUCAGUGAAAUAAAGCUCCGGUUCUCCUUGAACAACCGGCAAGAAAGUGCUCUCGUCGGCCUUUACAAGUGGCGAGACACUGUGGCCAGGGAGGAGGACGAAAAUGUACAGUACAUCCUGCCAAAUCACAUGCUCCUCGCCCUUGCUGAGGUACGUUUCAGUUAUGCCCUAAAGAAUCCAAAAUUAAAAUUGAACGAAAAAACUAGCCUCUAAAGUUAAGUUAAAUGAACCCAAAUGGCGCAGAACAAGUCUACGCUAACUUUGAAAUUUUUGAUUUUUUGUAAACUUUUUGAGAUCUUCAGGUUUAAAAACAUUGAGGUUUUGUUAAGAAACCUUGGGUUGCAGACGAUUCCACGCGACGUGAGCGGAAUAUAUGCUUGCUGCAACCCUUUGCCUCACGCCGUGAGAGAAAGACUGGGAGAAGUGCUUAAGUGGGGACUUUCUGAUAGUUUCUGCGUAAUCUGAGGCUCUUCAGGAUAAUUACGACGGCUCGUGACGCUCCGCUGGAAAAGAAGAAGGUGACGUAUGAGGAGCUGGACGACGCUCAUGAAUCCCGAGGCGUCGUCAACCAUCGCAUGGACGAGAACACUGCCGUUUUGAGGUUUUUCUAGUUGGAUGUCUUAAACGUGAAAAACAUGGCUGCAAAUUCGAAAAACUAAUAUUCUAUGUUAUUUCAUUUUUGUUCAUCUCAAGUUUUUGUCUUCUCUAAGGAAAAACUGCCGUUUUUCCAGAACGAAACUCGACUUUUCUCAUGCGAAAUUCGACGAGGAACGCGGUGAUGUUCUCAUUGACUUGGUAAAAAAUUUCUCUAUGACAAUCUCAAAAGUUCGAUUCAGAUUGGUUCUGCGCACGACGUCGGGGAAAAGACAUCCGAAGAGUCUUUCCUUUCAUUGCUCGCCCCCGAAGUUGGUUCGAAGACGGAGUUGAGAGUUCUCUCCGAUGACGAGGGGUCGUCAAACUGGGCAAGUCGCUAGCGAAAAUUAUGGAAAUACUAUUCAAACAUCAUUAAAUUUGGAAAAUUUGAGCUCCAGCCGCCUAGAGAAAAUUAAAUCAGAAGUUUUACCAAUUGGGACUUCGAGAAUGAACAAAAUCGGUUAAGAAUUCCUCCUUCUCUACAAGAAUCAAUCCUUUUUUAUCUUCAUGGAAAUAUUGACAGAAUAAUCAAGAUUUUUCUCACUCUUUCAAGGAUGGACAGAGUUGUUCGACCUUUCGAUUUGUUUAAUGCUACUUUCCACUUUUCAGAACGCUAUGAGAUAGGUGAGAUGAAGUAAGGUAAAGUGAAUGAGAGCCAACUUUACGCGAAAAGUCUAAAUUUUAUUCUACAAUCUUUAAAACUCCCAUAUUAUUCUCUUUUCUUUUUGAGUUUUUUCUUCCGUAGUUUAAUUUAAAUUCUUCCUCUGAAAUAUCUUCUUCAGCAGAAGUUGUUCGAGUUGUGCCUGAAAAUUUCCAAGGAUUUGGAAAGUUGGGCGACGCCGUACGAAUGCUAUACACUGGCCAUCAAGGAGAAGGAAAAGCAGGUGGCUGAGGAAAAACUUCGCCUCGAAAAGUUGCGCGCGGAAAACGGCGAGGUCGAAGGCGAGAAGAAAAUGUUCACGCAUCUGGACCCCACUGUCUGCCGGAAGCCAGUUUUUGAAGACAAAGUCAGUUUUUUCAUCUUUUCUGCUGGGGUAGAGACUUUUUAUCACAUAACUAUUGCUGAAUUAUGUUAAUCUAGGAUCUUUCAAAUAUGUGUAAACAAAACGGUAAUAUUUCUUACUCUAUAUAAAAAAAGAUAGUGAUUAUUUUUUUAUUUAAAGUUAAGAAAUUCAAUAAACCUUUCUAACGAAAGUCUUUCCUGUCUUCAAAAUUUUUUUCAAAACUUAGUGGUCUUUAUUUUUUUAUUUAUUUAAUUUUUAGAUAUCCAAUUUGGGAGAGUUGAAGAUGGCGAAUGAAAACGAAGAUAUCGAGAAAACGGCAGGAUCAUCUUCUGAGAAAGAAGUCGUCAUGACGGCGCACUUCGACGAGGAUCAACUUCUCUCAAAGAAGGCUCUCAAACGUAGACAAAGAAAAGUUUCCCCGUCUGGUGCUUCUGGUAUUUGAUGUAAAGAGUUUCAGGCCCGUGAUGCUGCUGAUAUCCCAACAGAAGCGUUUGAAACAGCAAAUCAGCAGAAGAAUUCAACUGUUGUCGGCAAAAGAAAAUCUGGGGACAUUGGAGAAGAUGGGCCGCGCGAGAAGAGGCAGAAAGAAGAAGUGCAAGAUUUCGACUACUCAAAGGAAGACUCUUCUAUUUUUUGUGAGUGAGAGCAAACUUUAAUUAAGUGCUCUAAAGUUGUCUCUCUUUCAUCAAACUUUCAAGUAGAAGUCAGUGGAAACCGAGGUUGAGCUGAUCCAAAAGCAACUAUUUGCAGAUGGACAGCUUGCGAAUAAGAAGCAAGACUUCGAUCCUUUCCAUCAGCAAAUGAGAUCAAAAGAGAAAAACAAGAAAAAGCGUGGAAAGGCCGGGCAAAAGUCUUCGACAUUCCGCGCGAAAAAAUAAUUUUCCCUUUCAAAACCCGUGAUUAUGGAAGACGUGACGAAUUGUUACCUGUUUGAUACAUUGUUGUUUCUCGUUCGUUUUAUGAUCACCUUUUUUUCGUUAUAAAACUUUUCAUCAUUUGCAUUUGUUUCUGUUCUUUUUCAGAAUGGUACGAGCCGUUGAAUCUCUUUUAUGUUGGUAAAUAUGUUUGAUGGGACUUUGCAUAACAGAGUUUCUGAAAAAUCAAUCAUUUUUUCGGCGUUAAUACAGAAGAAAAAAAACUCGGUUGAUAUUUUUUGAGAUAUUUUUCAUUCUGAGAUAACAACCACUAAAAAUCAUUUCAUUUGGUUAUUAAUGUCUUUUUAUUUUCAUUGAUUCCUUGGAAAAAAAGUUACUGGAAUUUCCAAAGUAAUGCAUAAUCUUCAGCAAAAUAAAUUUUAUUAGUUCAUUCAAUACUUUGUUGUGCCAUCUUCGGUCUGGUGGUACCUCCAGAAUUUGUAGAAAGGAAAGAAUGGUGACGACGCCGCGUCUCCGGGAGAUGCGGGCGACGGUCGGAGACUGGCGAGCCGCCGACGGAAGCUGUUCCUUCUCCCAGGGAAACACGAGUGUUUGCGCUUCGUGCAACGGACCAGGUCCGGUUCUUCGCGUCCUGACCUCCUAAAAGGAUUUUGCAGGCGACGUACAUGCUUCGAGAGUCGAUGACGAGCGCAUGGUCCUCGAAGUCAGUUACCGGCAGAACUGUGGCGACAAUAAGUUCCAUCCUGUCAGUCCUUCUCAUCAGUCAACCUUUCUCGGGCCUCGGGAACGAAAAAAGGACGUACUGCGGACGCUUCUGUGCAAUUCUAGGGAUCACUCAAGAGUGCAAGAGUGCUGAGGCUACUAAAGUGGUCACUAGAAAUGCCCCGACACGUCCGGUUCGCGUUACCAAUAUCCGGCUUUUACUUUUUGGAAGGGAUUUUUUCAUAGUUUCCAAAUAUUUUCAUUAACAAAAAAAACCCUCUAAAUUUUUCAAUAGAAGUAUAAGUUCUGAAACUUGUAUAAAAAGAAGAUAUUUGAAGGCAUACAUAGCUGGCAAGAGAAGUAUUUCACUCGAAACUUGACAUUUUUAUUAAAGACGGCAAAAAAAAUGUCGUUGGUGUUUUAGAUGAAGAUCUCGAACCUUUCAACCCGCAUAACAUCUUUUUUUUUACAUUAAUGUACGUCUCAAAGAUAACUUUUUCUGGGAAAUCGAGCUCUCAAGCAUCAUUUCUCGUAAGAUUAUUCUUAUACUCCCAAAGAAAAAUCCCUUUUUUGAAAUGAACUUAUUCAGUUGAAUUCGAUAUUAUCCUCUUCGAUCCAGACCGUGCUGAACACAGAAAUAUUCCCGCGAACUUCGCUCGUGGUGGGUUUUCUUCUUUUUCACAACAAAAAAAACAUUUGAAAGGUGACGAUCCAUGGAUUGCAAGACGACGGCAGCAUCGACGCCGCCGCCAUAAACGCCACGUGUUUCGCCCUUGUGGAUAGUGGCCUUCCGAUGAAGUUUGUCGCAAAAAAUGUGCGAGAAAUGUCGAGAAUGCUCCAGGAGCCUAUUUUGCGGCGUGAAGGUCGUUCUUCUGAAUGACGACAUCAUCGUCGACCCUACAGCUCAGCAGGAGAAAGCCGCACGGGCCGCCUAUCUUUUCUCUUUCUCGCGCUCCUCGAAGGUCCGACUUCUGUCAAAGCGAGUCCAAUCGAAAGUUGUAGGGAGAGGCUGAAGUCCUCACGAUGGACUGCUCAGGAGUAUCGAGUUUAUCUCAAGUCGAGGCGGCCACUCAACUCGCCCAGCAAGGAGCCUUGUCCGUGUUCGGCUUUUAUCGGAGUAUCUUCAGCAGUAAAUUAAAGGUUGAUGAUUCAGCCGUUUAA